AUGAAAAUAAUGCUCUAUCGUCUUUUCCGCGGUCGUUUAACAUUCAAGUUCUAUAUAGUUUUCACAAUAUUAGUUGCAGCCUCGAUAUGUUGUUACUUCUUUCCGCCGAUUUAUCCAAUUUCUCCAGUGACUGUGCCUCCAAACCCUUUGCAUCCUCGUUCCUCACGACACUUGUCUAAAUUGAUGACUGUAGUUUUUCGCCAGUUCGAAGAUUUCGAGAAUGAUAUCGCUGACAGCGUGCAAUCUUUCGUAUCAGCCUUCCCUAACAUGCCAGUGGUGGUGGUAUGCGAGACCACACCGUAUCCACCAUUUCCGUUCUCUGUGACAAAUGUGACUCUACGAAAUGUUAAAGUUUUAUCGUUAGAGUUGAAGCUAAGUGCUUCGCCGCAGGACUUCAAUCCUUUGACUCAAAUAUUUACUGAGUAUGUACUGUUCGUACCUGAUUCCACGAGAGUAUCGCGUCGUGUGCUGCAGCUGGCGAUGGCGGCGGCUAUGGCCAGCCCAACACAGGCUGUAGCUAUUGGGGUGGGGAAUUCUCACUUAGUAUGUCAACAUGUAAAGUGGAACUAUGCUGAUUGGACACUGCGGUACUGUAAAGAUGCUUCAGGCAAGGUCUGUGAUGCUGUUCAUGGCCAGCAUGCAUUGCUGAUUAAAACUGCAGUACUGCAGAAAUUACCACAACCAUUCUCAUUGCCUUUUCCUGAGUCACUUUAUCUACAAACUGCAGUAAAAAAUAUUAAGGUUCAAUUAUCUGAUGGCAAACUAAGCGCUGGCCGAGGAGUGUUGAAGACACCAGGAGCAAAGCAGAGGGCAUCUCGUCACAUGAGGGAUUACAGGGUGGCUAUGUACAAACAGUUGGGAGUGAAAGCAGUUGUCAGGGAGGAUGGUAGAGUGCAGUGGUUUGGGUGCAAGAGGGAGGCACAGCGUUGCUACCCAUCAGUACAAGGCACACCUUCGUACAUACUAUCAGGGCGCAACACGCCGCCAUGUUGUCGCCGCAACAUGCGACGUGUUGCAGGGCACGUGUUGCGCGCGCUGUUGCAAGCUGGUGCGAGGUGUUGGCUGGAAACAACUUCCCUACUUGGUGCUGUUAUGAGGGGAGACGUCCUUCCAUGGGCAGAAUACGUGGAAAUCGGCAUCCAUGCUUCAGACGUGUCUCGCGUAUCUUGGCUGCAGCGAGGUGGUGCAGACGCCGACGGCUUCGUGUGGGAGCGUGCGACUAAAGGACAUUACUAUAGAGUGGCGUUCUCUGCGACUAAUCGCGUCUAUGUUCUGAUACUGCCGUUCACAGCUAGAAAUGGUACCAUGUGGCCCGCGGACUGGGUGCUGGCUCAUCAGAGAGAAUUCCCCGAGAGACAUUUGCAUCCUUUAGCACAGAUAACUUUUGCGGGUCGACAAGCACCAGCUCCGAACGACGCUAGAGCUUUCCUGGAUCUGAAAUUAGGUUCCAACGCAGUGGAGAGGUGCGACAAACUUGGUCCUAAGUUACUUUAUCCUUAA